GGCAGAAGCGGGAGGCCAGACACGAGAGGGAGAUUUAGGGUUCGUGGUGCCCGCCUCCGGUCUUCUCCGGGCUGCGAAGCUCGGGACGCGUAGGUGAACCCCGCCUUGUCGGCCUCACACAGAGCCCCCCGGCUCUGCUGCUGCUUCGGCAUCACCUGCCCUUCCAUCCUCAGUUUCUCCUGGGGUCCCCUCAGACGCCACCUUUGCUACCUUCUGCCCCGUCCCGUGGCCUCCGGCUCCGAGGGAGCAAUGAACGGAGGACGGCGGCAGGGAGUGGUGUUGGCCGCGACUGGCCCGCUUGCCAGCCUCCUAGCUGUCCUUCGCUGCCUUCCGGGUGUUAAAAGCAGCCGGGCUGCCAGGCCCCUCCCCCUGGCCAGAUGGAUCCCUCCUCCGCCCAGAAGUCCCGUGCGGAAAUCUCCAGCAAAGACAGAUGGCAUCCAGGAGAAAGAUGUCUUGUCCCUUCUACAGAUCACGGAAAACUUUGUGAAGCAAGCAUAAAAUCUAUUACAGUGGAUGAAAAUGGCAAAUCAUUUGCAAUUGUCUUAUAUUCAGAUUUUCAAGAGAGGAAAAUACCUCUUACGAGACUUCAAGAAGUAAAGUCUAUCAAAGAUUGCUCAAGGAAUUUUAUAUUUGAUGAUGAAGAUUUGGAAAAGCCUUAUUUCCCAGACCGAAAAUUUCCAUCAUCUGCUGUUGCUUUUAAAUUAUCUGAAGAUGGAGAUUCUAUUCCUUAUACCAUUAAUAGGUAUUUGAGAGACUACCAAAGGGAAGGAGCCCAGUUUCUUUACGGACACUACAUCAAAGGAAGAGGUUGCAUUCUUGGUGAUGACAUGGGACUUGGAAAAACAGUACAGGUUAUUUCAUUUCUGGCUGCAGUUUUGCAUAAAAAGGGAACCCGUGAAGAUAUCGAAAACAAUAUGCCAGAGUUUUUACUAAGAAGUAUGAAAAAGGAACCCCCUUCAUCAACAGCAAGAAAGAUGUUCUUAAUAGUUGCUCCUCUCUCUGUCCUCUAUAACUGGAAGGAUGAAUUAGACACCUGGGGAUAUUUCAGAGUUACAGUUUUACAUGGAAACAAAAAAGACAAUGAACUGAUUCGUAUAAAGCAGAGGAAAUGUGAAAUUGCUCUAACAACUUAUGAAACACUGCGCUUAUGUCUGGAUGAGCUUAACAGUUUGGAGUGGUCAGGUGUCAUUGUGGAUGAAGCUCAUAGAAUCAAGAAUCCAAAGGCUAGAGUAACAGAAGUUAUGAAAGCUUUAAAAUGUAAUGUCCGCAUUGGCCUCACUGGAACCAUUCUUCAAAAUAACAUGAAAGAACUGUGGUGUGUUAUGGACUGGGCUGUGCCGGGACUUUUAGGUAGCAGGACCCACUUCAAGAAGCAGUUUUCUGACCCAGUAGAACAUGGACAGAGACACACAGCAACGAAAAGAGAGCUAGCCACUGGGCGAAAGGCCAUGCGGAGGCUUGCAAAAAAGAUGUCUGGCUGGUUUCUCAGGCGUACCAAGACUCUUAUCAAGGAUCAGUUGCCUAAGAAGGAAGAUCGGAUGGUGUACUGUUCUCUGACAGAUUUCCAGAAAGCCGUAUACCAAACAGUGCUAGAAACAGAAGAUGUGACUUUGAUACUUCACUCUUCAGAGCCUUGUACCUGUAGCAGCGGCCGAAAAAGGAGAAAUUGUUGUUAUAAGACAAAUUCACAGGGCGAAACAGUGAAAACCUUGUAUUUUAGUUACCUUGCAGUCCUUCAGAAAGUAGCUAACCAUGUCGCACUCCUGCAGUCUGCUAGCACCUCCAAGCAACAGGAAACACUUAUAAAAAGAAUAUGUGAUCAGGUAUUUUCUAGAUUCCCAGAUUUUGUGCAGAAAAGCAAAGAUGCAGCCUUUGAAACACUUUCUGACCCCAAAUACAGUGGAAAAAUGAAGGUCCUUCAGCAGCUUUUAAAUCACUGCAGGAAAAACAGAGAUAAAGUUCUUCUCUUUUCUUUUUCCACCAAGUUGCUGGACGUGCUGCAGCAGUACUGUAUGGCAUCUGGGCUUGAUUAUCGACGACUUGAUGGAAGUACAAAAUCAGAGGAAAGACUCAAGAUCGUCAAAGAGUUCAACAGUACACAAGAUGUUAACAUUUGCCUUGUCUCUACAAUGGCUGGUGGACUUGGCCUCAAUUUUGUUGGUGCCAAUGUUGUUGUAUUAUUUGAUCCUACUUGGAAUCCAGCCAAUGAUCUUCAAGCCAUUGACAGAGCAUACAGGAUUGGACAAUGCCGAGAUGUCAAAGUCCUGCGGCUCGUGUCCUUGGGAACUGUGGAGGAAAUCAUGUAUUUACGGCAGGUGUACAAGCAGCAACUUCAUUGUGUGGUAGUUGGAAGUGAAAAUGCCAAACGCUAUUUUGAAGCCGUUCAAGGAUCAAAAGAGCAUCAAGGAGAGCUUUUUGGGAUCCACAACCUCUUCAGACUAAGACCCCAAGGGUCUUGUCUUACAAGAGACAUCCUAGAGAGAGAAGGCCAGGUGGAAGCAGGGAUCAUGACAGCCACAACAUGGUUGAAAGAGGGACCUCCACCACCCAAAGUCGAAACGCCUAGACAGCCUGACUGUCAAGAACUCAGAGGUCCAGAACAGCCUGCAGAGCCACCAGCAAAGGAAGUGUGUGAUCUCUGCAGUGACUUUAGUGAUGAUGAAUCAGUGGGAAGCUCAGGAAGAAAGGCUGCUAAAAACAAAGCAUCUGAUUCAAGUAAAGCUUCCAGUUUUCCAGGACAGCUUACCUUACUCCAGUGCGGUUUCGCUAAAGUGUUUGAGGCAAAAUGUAAAGCGGUUGAGGAUCAUGAUGGAAGUAUUGCUUCUGAUGCUGAAAGUUCUGACGAGCAGCCUAGGUGCCUUUCAGCAGAAGCCAGAGAUGCUAGUUGUCAGAAAAAUCACGACUCUCUUGGUACUUCCAAACAUCAGAAAUUAGAUAACAAUCUAAAUCUAAAUGAAAAAUAUGUUUUUUAUAAAAGUAAGAUUUUAGAGCAGAACAUUUCUUCUGAGUCUGAUGAUGAGAAAACAUUUAAAAAUACCAAGGAACGUUGCAUUUUGCAGAAUGCCACAGAAUCUGAAGACAGCGAUGUCAUCUAUCCCACACAAUGUGUAACUCAGAGAUUCCCUAAGAAUGGUAUAAAGUUGAAGCCAUUCUCAGAUGGAUCUGAAGAUGCUGAAACAGAAAGCUCUGUAAAAACAAGAAAUAAUAAUGAUGAUAGAAAGACUGAUGACAGAGAAAAUGGAAUAAUUUCAAAAAAAUUAAAUCCUGAGAACACAACCAUAAAACCUAUUAUGAAAAGAAAAGGCACUAGUGAUAUUAGUGACGAAUCUGAUGACAUUGAAAUGUUCUCCAAGUCAAGAGAAAGAAAGCAAAGAGCUACUAGAUCAUUGAAGUUUCGGAGAAAAAAGGAAGAUAAGGAACUUGAUGAUUAUUCUAAAGCAAUGAAGAAAACAAACCAACUGCAUACAACACAUGAGAAUUGUAACUCUCAGUUUAUUGAUGAUUAUUCGUCAUCAGAUGAUGAUUUAUCUACAGGCCACCUCAGUUUCUCUAAACAGAACCAUAGACCAAAAACUAUAAAAAGAAGAAUCAGUUUCUCUUCAGAAUUGCCUAGUCAUAAUGAGAAAAAUAGCACUUUCAUGCCAAGAAAACCAAUGAAAUUUUCAAAGGACAAUGUUGUCAAUCAAGAGCAGAUGUAUGAAUCAAUGGAUAAACUUUUAGAUGGUGUUCAGGAAGUGGCUUACAUUCACUCAAACCAGAAUGUGAUUGGAUCAAGCAAAGCUGAAAAUCACAUGAGCCGAUGGGCAGCACGUGAUGUAUUUGAAUUGAAGCAGUUUUCCCAGCUGCCUGCUAACAUAGCUGUUUGCAGUUCUCAGACAUACAAAGAAAAAGUGAAUGCAGAUACAUCAACAUAUACAAGAAAAGACCAACAACCAAGUGAAGGAAACAUUUCAUUUCCUCUUUACAUUUCAAAGCCUGUAAGCCAGAAGAAGAAAAAAGUGUUCCGAACAGACCAGACCACCUUCAUAAUUGGAGAAACACCAAAAGGAAUCCGGAGGAAACAAUUUGAAGAAAUGGCCUCUUACUUUAACUCAUCUUCUGUAAAGGAAUUUGCUAAGCAUAUAACUAAUGCCACAUCAGAAGAACGACAGAAAAUGCUAAGAGACUUUUAUGCUUCUCGAUAUCCAGAGGUAGAAGAAUUUUUUGUGGAUUCCGCUUCAGAAUUCAUCAAUUCUUCCUAUCAGGAAGAAAAGACAAUUAGAAAGAAAUCUGAAAAAAGAGAAUCUCUUAUAAAAGAAGGGCUGUCAGAUUCUGAAACUUUGUCAUUUAAAGAUUCUACCAACAGAAUUUCUCAAAUUUGUAGCCUAAGAGUAUAUAAAGGAAAAUCAAAUAAGUUUCAAAGUCAUGGUUCCUGUAGAGAAGAGCUGUGUUCUAAAGAAGCAGAAACUAAGAAAUCACCUAUUAGUUCUACCCAAGAGAUUGACAAUGGAAAAAACAACAAGGCCUCCAAGGAGAGGAUAUCCUGUUCUCCCAACAGUAAGUCUGAAGCACAUGAGAGAGAGUUAGAAAACACCAGGAAAGACCAACAGGACCUCACAAGAACAAGCAUUUCAAGAAACACAUCCCUUUUGAAAUUGGAAAACAAAAAGAUAGAAAAUCCAGUAUUAGAAAACACUUCUGUGCUAGGCUUACUCGGUGACACUUCUAUUCUUGAUGACCUCUUUAAAAGUCAUGGGAACAGUGCCACACAACUACCAAAGAAAGUUCUUUCAGGGCCCAUGGAAAAAGUAAAACAGAGACCAAAAGAUUUCUGGGACAUUUUGAAUGAGCAGAAUGAUGACAGUCUUAGCAAACUCACCGACUUGACAGUAAUAGAGACUUUGUGUGAAAAAACACCCUUCGCUACAUCCUCCAAAAGGACAGAUGAGCUACAAACUUCUCUUUGGAAAUCAAAUGAGAAAUUUUUGUGGAAGAAAUUUAACUCAAGUGAUUCGGAUGAAAACACAACCAAUACACAGAGUGAUACAUAGCAUGUAAGUGCAUUACUACACCAAUGAGCCAUCACUGUUUACAGUACUCUGUUCUGCACUAAUCAUAUGAUCUUGAAGACAGUUGUCAACUUGUAUUUUUUAUUAAAUUAUUGCUUUAGAGUUUUUUUAAAGUCUA